GUGCUGUGACAGACAAAAUAUGUAGAAAUGACCACCCACGUUUGUGGUUUAAAGGGGGGAGGGGGAAUUUGUUUAAUUUCUAUAGCAGACAAAAUCGUCUUGAUAUAACGCCUUGCGUGGCCAACUAACAUACCCAAAAUUCCUACAAUCCCGCGGUAGUCAGGAAUACCAAUCCAUUCAUGUUUCGUCAGAAUUAUCGUGAUGACCACAAAUACCAACUCGGACUAGGAGGGUCGUAUGUCUCUUGUAAAAGUAUUCGGUAAGUGGACAAAUGUGGGCGAUAUGAAACCACGCAAAUUGUUUCAAAAUGGUGUCAUCGGCAUGUUCGUGGGAUGUUUAUAUUAUAUAUAUAGGGAAAGGAUAGACAGACAAAUCAGACACACAUAAUUCUGUUUAUUAAGAUAUCUGCUCGAUCAGAAAAAUUCUACCAUCAUUCAGAAUGAACGUCUUUGUGCUGUUAUCAGUUUUGUCAGUUGUGUCAGCUUACGAAAGCAGUAAGGAAUGCGACGGAAGCACCGGUGUCGAGUGGAAAGAAGACCCGACAGAUUGUUCCGUGUUCUAUCUUUGUUACAAUGGACAGAGAACUAAAUACCCGUGUCCCAGAAACAUGGUGACAGACCCCAACAGCAAAGCAUGUGUGCCGAAAGGAUCCAAACUGGACAAAUGCUCUAUCAAAGACAGUGUUCCACAGUGUUAUGCUUCCCUGAAGGAGUCUUGUGCUAAAUACAUACACUGUCCCGUCCCGAGGGAGCUUGGAACGCCCGUUAUACCGGAAGUACAAGAGUGUCCCUACCCACUCCUGUACGACGAGGACAGUAAGCGGUGUGCCAACCCAGACUCUGUUAAAUGUGGAGACAGGAUCGAACCAAAGGAUCCAUGUGAUUAUACGGCUAACCAGUGCCAGGGUCCUAAUUGUGUGCCGUGUAGCGCCCGUCAUCCCAGCUGUUCCGGACGACCGGACGGACUGAAUGUGUGGCCUGGAAGGGAACAGACUCCUUAUUUUGUUGUCUGUCGAGGCGAGCGCGUGAUCUACCAGGGUUUAUGUCCGCAGGAAAAAAGGGGGCGGAUAUUCGACCCGGAAGCGGCCGGAUGUGUAGAUAUAUAAAACAAUUGUGAUAUAUUAUAUAGCAAUGUAUUCCAGUGAUGUUUAACAACACUGAUUAUAUCCUCCAUGAUAUUUAUCUAUCUGAGAUUACAUGUGAUAUUU